UUGUUCAGGAUGGUGAGCGACUCAGAGACAGAUGAUCUUAUUCGAUGGUCAGAUGAUGGGGAGUCAUUCUUUGUCCCAAAUCACGAGCGCUUCGGACGUGAACUAUUACCUAAAUUCUUUAAACAUGGCAACUUCUCUUCGUUUGUUCGCCAGCUCAACAUGUAUGGGUUUCACAAGGUACCACAUCUACAACAAGGCGUUCUCAAGAAUGAAACGGAGAACGAGCUAUGGCAGUUCAGCAACCCCAACUUCAAGCGCAACUUCCCCGACCUUCUGCCACUAAUUGCAAGAAAGAAGGGAACACUGAACAUAGAGGAGAGAGAUGAAAACGGCAACAUCAUUCCUGGAGCCGAUGGGAUACGAACUAGUGCCGGUCCACUGGAUCUCCACGCUAUCGCCAAUGGCAUCACGUCGAUCCGGAGACACCAGAACGCGAUCUCGAACGAGCUGAAAGAGCUCCAGAACUCCAACAGCGCUUUGUGGCAGGAAGCAUUGGCGGCUCGCGAACGCCAUCAGCAGCACCAGGAGACCAUCAAUAAAAUACUUCGCUUCUUGGCGGGGGUGUUCGGCCCAAACGCCGGCAUGGGUAUGAAUGGCUCCCCGACGUCGCCAACUGCGCCCGGCGCUCAUCGUGACAAGGACACAGAGGAUGUACCGGUUCUUCCAAGAAAAAGGCAGCGGCUGAUGCUAGAGGGACGUUCGCCAAGUACGAAACCAAAGGGUAAGCGGAAAGCCCCAACCGAGGAGGACGAAGAGAGC